ACCUCCCUGGUCCAGCAGGUGUGUUUCGUUCGUUCUCGCAUUUAUCCUGUUCUUGCAUGUUACUGCAUUGCUUACUCUGAUUGAAAAAAACAAAAAAACGCAGCACUUUGUCAACUACAGCAAACCACGGCAGGGGCGAACAGAAAUGGUGUUUUAGGUGCAGUCAUGAUUAGCCCCAAAAAGCAUACUGGGAGGAAAUGCAUUCAGUGAAUAGUGGCUGUUCACAGCACGUGCUUCGGUGAUGCUAGCCUUGCUUGCGGCAUGCUGGCUCGUCUGUCAUUAAUGAGGACCUAAUUCGUGGAACCGCCCGCCCCGCAGGGGGUAACGAGGUUUGACUGGACUGCCGUGGCUGCCUCACAGUUAUAAGAAUUAUCCACUGAAUUCGUGGAUCUCGCAAUCCGAGAGGGCAUUUCUGCGAACCUCUUCGUGGCCUCCGCUCGAGACCAGCGCCAAGGCAGCACGGAGGGAUCCCUGAGGGCCUUGAGUAUGGCGACCCAACAGCAGCCACCCACCACGACGCAGCUCACAAGACACGCCGUCAACGGCUUCCGCUAUCAGGUGGCCGUCGGCACCACGGGCUGCGCUGUGCUCGCACAGGUGGCGCAGUGGCUGUACCGAGGGGGGGCAUGUAUCAGGACUUAUUUUCUCAGCCUAGGACACCAUGAAGCUGACUACAGACGCAUAUUUAACAGUGAACAAAGAAAGUUGUUGGAAAGUGGUGCUCCCUUCGAGGAAUAUGGCCUGCCUCUGCUUUUGCUCAUCCUCCAGCACAUGUGUGGACUCGCUGGGCCAAGCGAUCCAGCCUGGGCAUACCCCCCAGCAGGACAGCCCCUGGAGCAUCUCAUCUACAGGCUAAGUCAGAAGCAAAGCGGCAUUGCGUGCUCGAAGGACAUGCAGCAGAUGUCAGACCAGAAGCUGAAAAGGGAAUUGGAAAGACUCCGGCGUCUCCUCUCGAGGAUCCUUCGGCUGGUGGGGAGCCAGUGCGGAUUACCCCCACAUGUCAUUCGUGGCGAGAUCUGGCAGGCCAAACAGGAUUUGCAGGACCUUGCGAAGAAAGUCAGAGAACCUCUUCAGGUCUCCGAAGUGAACAGUCUCCCACAACUGCAGCAGGAAAUCCAGGUAUUCAGGGAAAUCCUUCAUCGAAAGGUGGAGGAGCGCAGUCGGCAGGAGUUGCGCGACUUCUAUCCUCAGUUGUGGGAUGUGGCUCUUGCGCAGUGGCUGUAUCCAGAGCUGACAGUCCGACCAAGUAUGAAUUUUACGAACCUGAUCCUCCUGGAAAACACGGCAAGUUUGCAAAGCUUUCGUACCUUACCCCUGAAGGACAUCUUGCAAAUCACCCACCCAAAUGGUCUACCUGAAGUGAUACUGAUAUCAGGGGAAGGAGGAAUAGGGAAAACCACUCUGUUGAAAUACAUGCUGGAGAUGUGGGUGAGAGAUCCCUUGCAAAUCGAGGGCCUUCAAGACGUCUCGCCCCUCCUCUACCUGCAACUUCGAGGCUCCAACAUCAGUAGCUGGAAGGACUUGCUCACGAACGUCCUUUGCGACACAUAUCAGGAGUCUGGCCUUACGGUUGACUUCUUUGUUGAUCUCUUUCGAGAAAUGCAAGUUGUCGUGCUUCUGGAUGGUUAUGACGAGGUUACCGAAGAGGCAAAGAAACUCGUGACUGAUCUUGCAACCUGCCAAGGAAAUGUGCGUGUAGUGAUAACCACUAGACCAAGUUGUCUGAAGGAACUAAGCAAGAUAGUGGAUAAAAAACAAGUAAUACACAUUGAGAUCAAGGGAGUACGGCAGGAAGAUCGUCCUCACUUUGUCGAAAGCACUUUGGCUGCUCUUGUCCAGGACCCACUUUCCAGGUCUGCAAUAAAGGAGAACAUCACCACACGGCUUCAAAGGCUGGUUCUGGAAAAGGUGGAUCUGGCUGUUCCUUUGACCUUGGUGCUCUUGAUUAUGCGAGAGGUCGAAGCACCGGGUCGGAGUUCACAAGGGAUUUAUGAGGAUUUGACAAACCUCAUGGCAGGAAAGAUUGAAGAGAGAUUAGUAGUAAGGGGCAUUGAUGAAGCUGAUGACAAAAUUAAAGAAUAUCAAGAGUUUCUGAAGGCAGUUUCUCUACGAUGUUUGAAGAAACAGGAACAUGACUUGUUGCCAGAAACUGUGGAGGCUUUGAUAGCAAAGUGUAACAACCUUGAUCUGCCAUAUAUGGAAAUUUUACCUGGAUUCCUCAUUUCGAAGAAACGUCGUCAGGGUCUGUUUAUCGUCCAAGUUUGGUCCUUUCCACACAAUCGCUUUCAGGAACACUGGGCUGCAAGUCAUAUUGCCAAACAGUUAUCAAAGAUGUCGCACUCACUGCCAGACAUGACAGGGUUGUUGGAUUUUGCUUUCCUAACUGAUGCCGAGAAGAAGAAAAAGCUUGGCAUGCCAGGACUGCCAACUGAGGAAGAAGUAGUAACCUUUAUGUUCACCAGAAAUCCUAUUCUACAGGUUUAUGUGGACAAUAUUGAAGAGGCAAGAGGAUUAGUAUGGAGCAAUAUACAGGGAAACCUGUCAACACUAGCCAUGGAAAUUAUUUUUAGUAUUACAUAUAUUUUGUCAUUGUCACAGGAAAACCUUUUGGUCAAGUUUGCCUCUGCUAUCAUCAGCUUCAUUUUAUACAGUGAUCAAUCUCAUCUGAUCAGUAAGAACAGCUGCCACAGGAUCUGUGAGACGGUGAUGGCUUCGGGACAACAUGCCAGUAUCUUAGAAGCAGCUGCCAAAGUGCUGAAAAACAGUGACACACUAAUGACUCGAGGGGAGUAUCUGCCUGGCUUCGUAGCUUUGUUUGACUAUGUCAGGCCUUCCUGCGUGGAAGUCUUCAUGAGUAAAGACACAGAAGAGUUGCCACCAAGCUGGCAAGUCUCUGGUCUGGAGGCAUUGUCCAACCAGAACAUUGAACUCAUACUCAUUUUAAGUGAUGUAAAGAAUUCUAUUCAGUUUUCUGAAGCAUGUCUACGGGCAACCACAGGCCCAGGAAAUAUUUGUCGGCUGACCAAGUUUGAAGGUGAAUUGACAGCGGUCGGGAUGCAGCUUCUUCCUGAGAGCCUGGAAGAGCUGAUAACCAAGUCUGACGGGGAGGGAGUGCGGGCUUUAGCCACGAGGCUCCAACUUCUACAGAGACUUCAAGUCUUAGAUUUCAAGGGUCAACUGACAGCCACCGAGGUGCGCCUCCUGCCCAGCAUCCUGAGGAAGCUGAGCGUGGAGACGGACGGGGAAGGCUUCAGGGCCCUGGCAGCAAGCCUUUCUCACCUGGAGAAGCUGCAGCAUUUAGACUUCGAAGGCCACCUGACGGAGGCAGAGAUGCCCCUUCUGCCGGAGGUGCUCUUCUCACUAAGGGUCCAAACAGACGGUGCGGGUCUCCGGGCUCUGGCAAGGAGACUUCCCCGCUUGACGAAGCUGUACUCGUUAACUGUAACGCUGCUGGAGUGUCCUCCUGCUGAAUCUCUGAGCGCCCUUCUCUGUGAGGCACCGCUGCUGACACUAGACCUCAAGCGUGUCACGCCCCCUUCCUGGGAGUGGGUGUGCGACGCCGUGCACGUCCUCUGCUCUACUCGUAGACAGGAGUUCACUGUGCACGUCCCAUCAGGCUGCGACACUCUUCAGGUGCAGAGCCUCAGGCAGGAGCUCCGAGGCCGAGGCGCGGAAGUGGUCGGGGAAAGUUCGAAGCAGAUUCGAAUCCUGUCGUGGAAACUCUGCUGCAAGUUGUAGGUCGCCGAUGGAACGCCUCUUGCCCUCUGGGGGCCUUCUGUUCAGCACUGUGUGUGGUAGUUUUAGAAGUA